CCUCUGCGAAAGAAGGCGGAAGUUGUCCGUGUGCCGAGGGAGGCGGAAGUUGUAGUUGUCCGGUGUGUUUCGCUGUGCACUCCGCUGCGUUAAGCUGUGGGCGAGUCCGGCAGCAGCACAAUGAGUGCAGUGUCCUAUGAUGAUGUGCAUGUCGACUUCACUCGGGAAGAGUGGGCUUUGCUGGAUCUUUCACAGAAGAAUCUCUACAAAGAUGUGAUGCUGGAGACCUACAGGAACCUCACUGCUGUAGGCUACAAUUUGGGAGACCAUAAUAUUGAAGAACAUUGUCAAACUUCUAGAAGACAUGGAAGGCACGAAAGAAAUCAUACUGGAGUGAAUUCCUGUGAAUAUACUCAAAGUGGUAAAGCCCUUGCAUAUGAAAGUCUUCUUCAAAGGAACGAAAUAAUUCCUACUGGAGAGAAACGCAAUCAAUGUAGUCAGUGUGGUAAAGCUUUUGCACAUCACAGUUAUCUCCGAAUACAUAAAAGAACACAUACUGGAGAGAAACCCUGUGAGUGUAAGCAAUGUGGUAAAGCCUUUGCACAUCUCAGUAGUCUCCGAAGACAUAAAAUAACACAUACUGGAGAGAAACCCUACAGAUGUAAUCAAUGUGAUAAAGCGUUUUCACAACCCACUAGUCUCCAAAUACACAUCAGAACACAUACUGGAGAGAAACCCUACGUAUGUUAUCAGUGUGGUAAAGCCUUUUCACAACACAAUAGUCUCCGAGUUCAUAAAAGAACACAUACAGGAGAGAAACCCUACAAAUGUAAUGAAUGUGGUGAAGGCUUUGCACGCCACAGUCACCUUCAAAGGCAUGAAAGAAUUCAUACUGGAGAGAAACCCUAUGAAUGUCUUCAACAUGAUGAAGCCUAUGCACACUUCUAUACUCUUCAGCAUCAUGAAAGAAUUCAUACUGGAGAAAAACCCUAUGAAUGCACUCAGUGUGGUAAAACCUUUGCACAUAACAGGCAUCUCCGAAUGCAUAAAAGAACACAUACUGGAGAGAAAGCCUGCAAAUGUAAUCAAUGUGGUAAAGCCUUUGCACAUAAGAGUUAUCUCCGAAUGCAUAAAAGAAUACAUUCUGGAGAGAAACCUUAUGAAUGUAGUGAAUGUGGUAAAACCUUUGCAUACCACAGUUAUCUUCGAAUACAUAAAAGAACACAUACUGGAGAGAAACCCUAUGAAUGUGCUCAAUGUGGCAAAGCCUUUGCACGUCAUACUAGUCUCCAAAUACAUAAAAAAACACAUACUGGAGAGAAACCAUAUGCUUGUAAUCAGUGUGAUAAAACUUUUGCACAUCACAAUUACCUCCGAAUACAUAAAAGAACACAUACUGGAGAGAAACCAUAUGAAUGUACUCAAUGUGGUAAAACCUUUGCACAUCACAGUAGCCUUCAGAUACAUAAAAGAACACAUACUGCAGGAAACCCUAUGAAUACAAGCACUGUGGUUAAACCUUUGCAAGUAACAGUAGUUUUCGAAGUCAUGAGAGAAAAUCGUACUGGAGAGAAUCCCUAAACAUGUAGUCAGUGUGGUAAAGUCUUUGCACUUCAAGGUAGUGUUCAUAAAAGAGAAAAACCUUUAGUGUGUAAUCAAUCUGUUAAAGCUUUUGGAUAUCAUAUUAGUCUUUGAGAACCUGAAAGGAGUCAUACCAAAGGGGAAGUGACUAUAAAGAACUUAGUAAAAUCUUCAGCCAACAUACUUAUGUUCAAUUACACAAGAUUAUUGUGGAAGAAAAUCUGACAAGUGUCAACAGCUUAUCCAAGCGUUAAUGAUGUCCCUUUUUAUUUUGUUUUCAUUGUAAACUCAUAUGGAGAAAAGUCCUAUGAAUUUAUACAAUGAGAUAACUCUUUUAGAUUUCAUACUUCUCUUCAGUAAGAUGAAAUAGCUCAUGUAGGUGUAAGGCUUCAUGGGUGUGGUUGGUCUGCACCCUCCAAGUCUUCCACUCUUGCCUUUUUUUUGGCAACUACUUGUAGCUGUCAGUGACAGCACUCUGCAGGCUCCCACUUGGUGGUCUCCACAUGGACAUUAGCUCUUCUGUCCCCACCUGGUCAUCCCUGUCACCUGCCUGCCUAGUAGGAUUAAGGAUAUCCUAAAGAGACAUUUAGAUCUGGCUAGUGAAAUAGUGGACCCCCAUGAAAUUCUGAUUUCCCAGGAAUCUCAUUCUGGGCAAAGACUGAGUUUUCCAGAAGAAAACUUCUCUGCUGAAGAAGCAUUUACUUCUUAGCUGAAUACCUUGCACUGGAGAAAGCUGAGAAUUGGGAGGAAUUUGGGGAUGAGAAGAUUUCAUUAUAUGGCUUUGUGAGAUUUCUCAGUUGGAUUGAUUACCUUAUAUCUUCAUAACUGUUCCAAAUUAGUCAUAUUGAAUAAAUAUCAUGUUUUAAUUUUUA